GAGCGGCUGUGUUUCCGCAGUGGAGAAGGAGAAGCCGCUGAGAGCAGUGUUAGGGAAACGUGGCCUUAUGAGAGAGAAAGCGGCGGAUACCGGAUGAGAAUCGAGUUUGUGUUUCUCUGCACUCUGUCCUUCUCUCUCUCUCUGUCUCUGUCUCUCUGCAGCUCCGGGUUUGUUCUCCUCUCACCUCUGAUCCUCUGUCGCGAUGGCUGAUGUGGAGCAGAGUUCCGGCCUGAACAGCACCGAGAACGGAACCGACACCGGGAACGGAACCGCGGCCCGGUUCGUGGCUACAGCCGAGGGGACAGCGCUGGCGUACGGCAGCCUGGUGCUCAUGGCCCUGCUGCCCAUCUUCUUCGGAGCUCUGAGAUCCGUCAGCACCUCCAAGAGCAAGAACUCCUCAGAUAUGCCUGAGACCAUCACUAGCAGAGAUGCUGCUCGUUUCCCCAUCAUCGCCAGCUGCACACUGUUCGGCCUCUAUCUCUUCUUCAAGAUUUUCUCCCAAGAGUACAUCAACUUACUGCUGUCCAUGUACUUCUUCGUGCUGGGGAUUUUAGCUCUGUCACACACGCUGAGUCCCUUCAUGAACAGAUGUCUUCCUGCUAAUCUGCCCAGUAAACAGUACCAGCUGCUCUUCACUCAGGGCUCAGGAGACGGCAAAGAAGAAAUUGUGAACUACGAGUUUGACACUAAGGAUUUGAUUAGUUUGGGAAUCAGCAGCGUAGUGGGAGUGUGGUACAUCCUGAAAAAGCACUGGGUGGCCAAUAAUCUGUUCGGCUUGGCGUUUGCUCUGAACGGAGUGGAGCUGCUUCACCUGAAUAACGUCAGUACCGGCUGCAUCCUGCUGGGGGGGCUGUUCAUCUACGACAUCUUCUGGGUGUUCGGCACUAACGUGAUGGUGACGGUGGCCAAGUCGUUCGAAGCUCCGAUCAAGUUGGUUUUCCCUCAGGACCUGCUGGAGAAAGGCCUGAACGCCAGUAACUUUGCCAUGCUGGGGCUGGGAGACAUCGUUAUUCCAGGUAUCUUCAUCGCUCUGCUGCUGCGUUUUGAUGUCAGUUUGAAGAAGAACACACGCACGUAUUUCUACACCAGCUUCCUGGCCUACAUCUUCGGCCUCGGCCUCACCAUCUUCGUCAUGCACACGUUCAAGCACGCUCAGCCUGCUUUGCUGUACCUGGUCCCGGCGUGCGUGGGCUUCCCGGUGAUCGUGGCUCUGUUUAAAGGGGAGCUGACGGAGAUGUUCAGUUACGAGUCGUCAGAUGAGGUGUUGCCUCACACCCCGCGUCUCACCCACUUCCCCACCGUCUCCGGUUCUCCCGCCAGCCUGGCCAACUCCAUGCAGAGCCCGUUAAGCUCCUCCCCCCCGCCGCCGCCGCCACCACGCCCUCUCCACCUUUUAACCUGGCCAGGUAUGAAGAAUCUUCCCCCGAAUCCGAGGGAUCGACUAAGGAAGAGAAAACAGAAUCCGAUAAAGACAAAUAAAUCCGAAGGAAAGCGUCACGUCCCCUCCGUCACGUCCCCUCCGUCACGUCCCCUCCGUCACGUCCCCUCCGUCACGUCCCCUCAUUCCCCACAGCUGUAUUUCCAGGAUUUACCACCAGGGGGCAGCAGAUUCUCUCUCGCUCUCUCUCUCGUCCCCUCUUUUCCAGUGUCAUGGUGUUCCACGUGGAAGAGGACGUGUGGACGUGAGGACGUUCUCUAACUGGUUAAAAGACGAGUGCGUGUUUUUGUUUUUCUUUGUAGUUUCUAAAUGGUUGUAAAACAUGAUGAUGAACAGCUUUAUUCUGUGCCUGUAUUCUUCUUUAUUACUCUCUCUCUCUCUCUCUCUCUCUCUCUCUCUCUCUCUCUCUCUCUCUCUGUGUUUCUGAGUUUAUCCACUUUCCAUUUCAGUUAUUUGUAUUAGAAAUUUAUUUUAUUUUAUUGGAUAUUUUUGCAUUAAGGUCAGGAUUUUACAGUGGAGUGCAGGAGCGCGGAGUUUAGUCGGAUUUUUGAGUUUUAAAGAAGCAGUGAAGCCAGAAAUAAAAUGUCCACGAUGUCUUUUUACCCCGAUGUUUUCGCUCAGGCGAGACGUGUUCGUGUCUGGCGUUAACUCCUCGAGCUAACAGCUGACUGAAGUCUGUAUCAUCUGAAAUCUUCACUUCAUAGAACAUCACUGAGCUCCACAGUCUCAGUUUAAUGAGUUCAUGGUUAAAAUCACACUAAAGCUGCAUCAAUCUUUGAAAUUUGGGGGCGGAGCCUGUGAGGGGGCGGAGCUCCACACCCUGUUGUGCCACACAGUGAAGUUUAGUUCCUGUUUACAUCAGCACAUCUGUGUGGAGAAGGUGUUUAGUGAAGAAGAUGAUGUCUGUUAAUCAAACUCAAGACCACAAGCAUCUCUCGUCUGAUCGAAUACGUUUGCAUUAAACAGAAUUUAACGCCUGCAUUUACAGAAGCCAGAAGUUUCUGUGUGUUUAUUGAUUGACGUCUGAAACGGAACCCACACUUCAGCUGUAGGUUUUAUAAAAUCACCAGCACAGGGACCAACUUUUACAUUUCCAGCCCUUGAAGAAAGAAGAUAAAAGCUCUUCCUGCUGGUGGAUUAUUUACACAAUAAAAUAUGACAUACAGCAGAACAAGAGCUUUUAACCCCCGAGCUCUUUAACCCCCGAGCAGUUUAACCCCCGAGCUCUUUAACCCCCGAGCCGUUUAACCCCCGAGCCGUUUAACCCCCGAGCAGUUUAACCCCCGAGCAGUUUAACCCCCGAGCAGUUUAACCCCCGAGCUCUUUAACCCCCGAGCUCUUUAACCCCCGAGCCGUUUAACCCCCGAGCUCUUUAACCCCCGAGCAGUUUAACCCCCGAGCAGUUUAACCCCCGAGCUCUCUAACCCCCGAGCCGUUUAACCCCCGAGCCGUUUAACCCCCGAGCCGUUUAACCCCCGAGCCGUUUAACCCCCGAGCCCUUUAACCCCCGAGCUCUUUAACCCCCGAGCUCUUUAACCCCCGAGCUCUUUAACCCCCGAGCAGUUUAACCCCCGAGCAGUUUAACCCCCGAGCCGUUUAACCCCCGAGCCGUUUAACCCCCGAGCUCUUUAACCCCCGAGCCGUUUAACCCCCGAGCCGUUUAACCCCCGAGCCGUUUAACCCCCGAGCCCUUUAACCCCCGAGCUCUUUAACCCCCGAGCUCUUUAACCCCCGAGCUCUUUAACCCCCGAGCCCUUUAACCCCCGAGCUCUUUAACCCCCGAGCAGUUUAACCCUGAGCCUUCCCUUAUUGUGGCAGAUUUAUUGAGUGAAAGUGUUGCGGUUGUGAAAGUGGACGCGUGAUCACGUCCGUGUCGAUGAAGAUCACUGGAGCUCAGUAACGUGGCAUCGUUUCGCACAUUUCCUGUACAUUUCUUCUUUUUCUCCUGAUUGUGCCAGUGCAAGUUAACAGUUAAAGCUUCUUUGAGGAGCAUAAAGUCUCUCUCGUGUUUUUUUUUAUCCGCAAUAAAUUGUGGUUUUUACCGCUGUAGAGAAGCA